UUGUCUUUCUUUGCACUUUUCUUAUUCUUCGUUUGCUUCUUUCGUUUCUGCUUCUUUUUCAUAAUCAUUCUUUUCCUCUCCCCGCCCCCACCUUUUGAUUUUAUGAUUUUAUUCGUUUUGGGUUUCUCUUUGUCUUUUUCUUUCUUUCUUUCUUUCUUUCUUUCUUUCUUUUGCUACAUAUUAUUUUUCCUUUUUCUUUUGUUUCUUUGUUUCUUUCUGUCUUUCUUUCAGUAUAUUUUAUUUUUUGUUUCUCUUUUUCAUUUCUUUCUCUGCCUUUCUUUCUUUCUUUCUUUCGUUCUUUCUCUACUUCUUUUCUCCUUGAUAUCUUUAAUAUCAAAAUCAAUCCUUCUUCCUUUCGUUUCUAUUUUACAUUCCUCUUUUUCUGUCUACUUACACCCAUUUUUAAAAUCGACUAUUCUCUCUUUUUCAUAUGAAUUGACUUCAAUUAUUCUAUUAAUUUUCUGUUUUUCUCUUUCCCCUGAAUUCUUCUUCAUUCCUCAUAUUUUCACCUUCUUCCUCUCAUCUUGCCGCCUUUUCUAUUUCUAUCGUCAUUUUUCGAGCUGUUGUUUAUAUUCUUUCCAUUUGUCUCUUUUUCGUUCACUCACAUGCUUCUUCUUUCAUGAAUAUAUUUGCAUAUUAUUACUCUGCAUACAUCUAUCUUUCUAUCGAUCUAUCUCUCAGCCUGUUCCUAUCUGUCUAUCUAUCUAUCUAUCUAUCUAUCUAUCUAUCUCAGAAUUCUUUUUUAUAUUCAUAUAUUCUAAUUUCUGUAUGGCACACUCUUUAGUAUCUAUCUAUCUGUCCCAUUCUAUUCAUAUCUAUCUAUCUAUCUAUCUAUCUAUCUAUCUAUCCCAUUCUAUUCAUAUAUAUAUAUAUAUCCAGAAAAGUGGAUUGAGUAAAAAGAAAAACAAAGUUGUUGCUGAUGUAAACACUCCCUCAUUCUCUUCACAUCUAUCUAUCUAUCUAUCUAUCUAUCUAUCUCCUUCUGUUCAUUUAUAUCUAUCUAUCUCUCUAUAUAUCUCCUUCUGUUCAUUUAUAUCUAUCUAUCUAUCUAUCUAUCUAUCUAUCUUCUUCUGUUCAUUUCUAUCUAUGUAUCUAUCUAUCUAUGAAUAA